UUGUCAUCAGUUUGAAUCAAACAAUCAAAUACAAGUUUUUAACUAAUUGUUAAUCAAAACAAAACAAAUUCAAAAUGUUCAAAUCAGUUGCUAUUGUUGUAUUCGCCAUUGUUGCUUGUGUAUCAUGUGCACCAAAACCAGAAGCUAAACCAGGAGUUUUAGCACCAGUUGUAGCAGCACCAGUAGCAGCACCAUUAGUUGCUGCAGCACCAGCUGCCUAUGUAACAGCAACCAGUUCUCAAGUGAUUGCUAGGAAUUAUAAUGGUUUAGCUGCACCACUUGUAGCUGCUGCCGCUCCAUAUGCCGUUGCACCAGCCUAUGCACCAUAUUAUGCUGCACCUUAUGCUUAUGCUCCAUAUGCCGCUGCUCCAGUACUUGUUUAAUUAACAAAUAUAUUGUUGUUUUAUGUUAAAAUUCCACUUUUAUGUUC